AUGACACUCAAGAACUUACUUGCCCUUGUGGUUCUUAUUGGCGUUGUUGGAGCUUCCUAUGUAGAGGCAUAUGAGAACUCAGAAAGUAACCCAUAUACCAGGGAUGGUCUUUACCUCGGCUACUACCGCUCCAAGUGUCCACAAGUGGAAUACAUUGUCCGCCGUGUCACAUAUCAAUAUGUCUCUGCCAAUCCAACUCUUGCUGCUGCACUUCUGAGGAUGCAUUUUCACGAUUGUUUUGUCAGAGGAUGUGAUGGUUCCAUUCUUAUUACAUCACCAAACAAGGAUGCGGAAAGAGAUGCUCCCCCUAACUUGUCAUUGAAAGGCUUCGAAGUGGUUAAUGCUGUCAAGUCAGCGAUCGAGAGCGAGUGUCCUGGUGUUGUUUCUUGUGCGGAUGUUCUUGCCUUGGUCGCUAGAGACGCUGUUUUAGUGAUAAGAGGACCAUGGUGGCCUGUUCCAUUGGGGCGGAGGGACGGACGCAUCUCGAAUAUUUCUGAGGCUAACUUACCAUCUCCUUUUUCCAACGUAGAUACACUGAAGAAGAACUUCUCCGACAAGGGUCUUAACACUAAAGACUUAGUUGUCCUCUCAGGGGCUCACACCAUCGGUGUAUCUUCUUGCGCUCUUAUCAACAGGCGUAUCUAUAACUUCACCGGCAAAGGCGACUUUGACCCAGCAAUGGACCCUAACUACGUUAAUAUAUUGAAGGAAAGGUGUCCGCCAACAGAUUUUACGACCAGCGUGGAUAUGGACCCAACGAGUGCCGAUAAAUUUGACUCUCACUACUUCGACACUGUGUAUCAGAAUAAGGGUUUGUUCAUUUCUGAUUCAACACUUCUUAAUGACUGGGAAACCAGGCUAUACAUUAAGACACAGGUGUUUACCCAAGGGUAUUACUUCAACAGAGAUUUCUCCGAGUCAAUGGUUAAACUUGGUUCCGUCCAGAUUCUUACGGGGAAUCAGGGUGAGAUCAGGAGCAGAUGCGAUCUCGUUAACUAA